CGUAGAACAACACUGGCUAAUUUAUUGUAAACCAUUGGAUGUGUUUUUGUUUAUUAUGCAUUAUGCAUUUGUUGCGCACUUAAAUUAUCAAUUAAAUGUUUGUGUGUUGCGUCCAGCAUGUAAGCCAUUCUAAUGAGCGUCAAUACAAAUGCAGAGGGCAGCGCUCGCAGCGCACUCCUCUUCCUGCUGUGGCCCCUUGUCGCCAUAUUCUUCUCGCUGCCGUCGCAGCCUCUUGUGGCUCAUGCCCAGGCCACAAUGUGCCCCAAGAAGUGCAGUUGCAAGAACACUUCGGAAAACAUUCACAACCUGCGCGUGCGAUGCGAUGAUCAGCAAAUUGUCAAUUGGAGAGAUCUAGAUUUUGGCGAGGACAUGCACAACAUAGUCAGCAUCAAUGGCAGCAAUAACUUGAUUUUCCACAUCACCGAAGAAGACUUCAGGAACUUUACGGAACUUAGGCGCUUGGACUUGUCUUCGAACCUCCUUACCGAAGUGGACAAGCACACCUUUGGCGACAGCCUGGCGUUAGUGGAGAGGCUUAAAUUGGCAAAUAAUUCGAUAAGUCACAUCUACGAGGGAGCCUUUGAGCAGAUGUCUAAGCUGAAGCAGCUAGAUCUGUCAAGCAAUCCGUUGGCGUGCGACUGCAGCUUGAUCUGGCUAACGGCUUGGUCGAAUGCCCGGGACGUUCGUCUCUUGCCCGCCCCCAAAUGCGACUCUCCCAUCAACUUCCGCGGCAUGCCGCUGAAGAAACUAAAGGUGGGCAUCGACUUCCACUGCGAAACGUUGCUUCAGCCGCUGCUGGAACUAGUGCCGAGCCAGAACCAGGUGGCCUUCGAGGGCGACGAGCUGCAGCUUAAGUGCUUCGCGCCUCGGGUGGCCAUUGGAGCACCGCGCGAGUCCGAGGUUCUGCCCACGCGCGCGUAUGUCUUCUGGGGCUGGUCGGAUAGAAUUCGGGUGCACAACUCCACCGAAGACAUCGUCUAUCGUGACCCAACCAAGGUUUUCCACAAUGUUAACCUGGAGACACACGAGUCCACCGACUCGGGCAUCCUCAAAUCCAUUCUCCGCAUCGCCAGCCUCACCCAAAACCACACGGGGAUGUGGGACUGCACCCUGCGCUCCCAACAGGCCAAUCUCUCUCAAUCCAUCGUCCUCCAUGUGGUAGCCAAGGGCACGCUCUACUGCGAGGCCAAGGUGGUGCACACCAACAAGGGCACCUACCACUGGCCCCGCACAAUGCGCGGCGAGACCGUGCUGCAAGAGUGCGUCGAGGAGCCCACCGAUGUGUCCCAGCACCGACGCGCGUCCUACGAGUGCAGCCCCGAAGGUGAGUGGCUCCACCUGAACACGGACAGUUGCGUCUACGUGAGCGAGACUACGCGCAUCCUGGAGCAGUUCGCCAAGGUAAACUUGACGCUAACCAAAGGACAGAACGCAGUGGAAAUCGCCCGCCGGCUGCACAACUUCACUCAGAUGCAGACGCAGCUCAACAAGAUCCGUGACCCCAUGGACCUGGAGUACAUAGCUCGCACGUUGGUCAAGUACCUGGAUCAGGGGGAGGUGCCCCAGCAACAGGAGAUAAGUCAUCUGCUAAUGGACAUUGUCUCGCAGCUGCUCAAUAUUCCCUAUCGGCUGUUCCGUGAGGCACAGGCGGAGCAGGGCACGGGCUUGCGACUGCUGUACGUCGUGGAGUCCUCGGCCAUGCGCCUGGCCCAGGCCCAGACCCAGACCCAGACCCAGAGCAGCACGCAUUCCAGAGAUCUGCUGCCGGCUGCUGACUUGCUGCCCUCAUGGAGGGGCGGGGGCGUGCAGCAACGCAACAUUUUCGUCGAGAUCUUCAACAUAAGCCUCGACUCGUUCUUUAGCCUCUCCUGUGUGUGGCUGGAGGAGAGUCCGCGCGGCUUCCAAUGCAACAGCUCCAAUGACACAAUACCCAUGUACGAGCACGGCGAGAUCGACGCUGCCAUACAGCUGCCCUACAACGUGAUCAGCAAUAGCUCCAUCUCCUCCAGCGCCAGCUCCACUAUCAGCUCCAGUUCCAAGAACCUGCGGAUCAUGAUCUCGCUACACAGGAACGCCAAGCUGCUGCCCAAUCUGAGAGGAGCUUUCAACGAGACCCUCUCCUCAGCCAUAAUCGGAGCCCUGGCCUACAGCAGCGAAGGACAGUCCCUCGAGUUUCAUACGCCCACACCCGAGCUCGAUAUCGAUCUAAAUGAUAACGGGAGGGACGAUGUGUACCAGCAGAGGAUCACGGUGAUGCUGCGGGCACAUCCGUACCACCACCAGCUGAGCGCUCCCCAGCCGGCGUGGUGGGACGCCGCCGAGCAAAAGUGGAAUCCGCAGGUGUGCCAGCAGCACUACCAGCAUCUCACCCUGGUCAUGUUCAGCUGCAGCCGCAUAGGCUACUUCGGGCUGCUGCAGCGCAGCGCGCACCUCAAUGACUACCGCAGUGAAGAGGCGGGUGCCCGCUUCCACCACCCGCCGGUGGCCAUAUAUGCGGGAUGCGCCCUGCUCUUCGCCUGCUGCGCCGUCAAUAUCGUCACGUUCAUCGUGUUCGGGUUCUCCAUACGCAUGAACCGGGUGCAGCGGCACGCCCUGGUCAACACUUGGCUGGCUGUGGCCGUGCUCGCCCUCACAUUCGUGCUGGGCAUCUUCCAGACGGCCAGCCAGACGCAGUGCCGCCUUUUCGGCUUGCUGAUGCACUACCUCAGCCUCUGCGUGCUGCUGUGGGUGUGCGUCAGCCUCAGCAGUAUGUACAAGCGCCUGACGAAGACUACCUCCGCCAGUCAAGGCCGCAUAAGCCAGGAGACGGAGCUGCCGCGCGACCGUGACCGUGACAGAGAGCAGCAAAGGAAGCCCAUCUUGGGCAUCUACCUCGUGGGCUGGGGAAUCGCCCUGCUCAUAUGUGGCAUCAGCAGUGCCGUCAACAUAGCCGAGUAUGCCGCCUACAACUACUGCUUCCUCCACAGCCCCACCACCCUAAAUGCCGUGCUCGUGCCGGCCGGAAUACUGGUGAUAUUCAGCGCCAUCCUAUCCCUAUGCAUCUACUACCAGCUGAACCAGCAGGAGGUCAACGUGCUCCAGCAGCAGCAGCAGCAGAAGCACCAGCGCCAGUACUCCGACAACAACACCCAGGCCACGGAACACAUCGAUCUGGACUGGCUGGAUGCCAAUGGUAGUGCCAUCACCGCCGCUGCAGCCGCUCGCAAAGAGGCCAGCAAUCUGCAGAUGCAAGAUCACCUGCAAGAGCAAUACAGUACGUUGAGCAACCCGCUGAGCAGCAUCGUCGACGACUUCGAGCGUUCCAACAUGUCGCACCUGCGAGGGCACUUCAUAUUUGUGGUGCUCUUUGCUGGCGUCUGGCUUUCGGCCGCCUUCUACGUGAAAAGUGGCAAGCAGAUCUUUGUGUUUAGCUUCGCCGGGUGCUCCGCUUGCCUGGGCCUCUUUCUGCUGCUGUUCUACAACCUCAGCCGGAACGAUGCCCGGCAGGCGUGGUCGCAGCACCACGGCCGGCGAGCCAAGCACACCAAGCUGGUCACCUACAAUAACGGUAUCCAAGCUAGAUCCGCGCAUCUUGGCAAUGGCCAAGGCCCUGCCAUUGGCAUUGGCGUCGGUGUCGGCACAGCCUCGAUUGUGGCCUACAAGGCCAACCCGGGAGGUGGGGGUAGCCUGUAUGACGCAAACAACUCGGCUGGAUCCCGCUCCAACAGCCAGUGCUCGCGCAGCAUGCGCAGCCAGACACGGAGUCAGACGCGCAGUCAGCAGGAGCAGCUACUGGGUGGGACUGGAGUGACCAUUAUUAACAACACCAACAGCCAGCAAGGAGCAGGAGGCACUGGAGUGGGAGUGGGACUGGUGGGCGGCAGUGGAGUUGCAGCUGCCUCACACAGCCUGAACGCGCUGCUUCAUGGCUCCAGUCACGACCUCAUCCCCUCGGCAGAAAUCUUUUACAAUCCCAAUCAGAUCAACGUGGCCCGGAAAUUCUUCAAAAAGCAGAAGCGACUGGCGAAGCGCAACAACUUUGAGCUGCAGCGCCAGACCAUGCCGCAGAUGCAGCUCCAGAGCCAUCACAGCCUGAGCGACGCCAGCUCGGAGCAGCUCUACAGUCGCCACCACAAUGCCAUGACCUUGCUGGCCGGGGGAACGAAGGUGAACAACACAAACCUGCACUACAAGUCGCCAGCGCCGGGCCCCAGUGCCUCAGCAGCCGGGAUGCAGCUGAUCCGGGGCAAAGAAAUCGCUCCGGUAGAGGUGCAGGUACAGGAGGGGCUGCAGUUUAAGCGCUUCGUCCCCGCCUCCUCCGCCAAGAUGCAGAUUAUGCAGGCCAACAUCUACACCAACAUCCCGGAGACGCUGACACCUCAGCACGAGGUGAUUAAGCUGAGAGCGAAUGGGCGCAACACUCGCACCCGAACGCCUUCUCUGCUUGACGAAACACUGCACGAACAGGACGACGACGACGACGAGAAGGAUGAGGUCGACCUGGAAGAGGGAGAAGGCGAAGGCGACGAUGCCAGCUCCUUGGAUGAGCAUGCACCGCUCUAUGCCAACACUGUGCAGACGCCUAGCACAGUGAACGGCUUGUUCCGGCCACGCGCCCACCUACAGGGCCAGUCGCAGUCUCAGUCCCAGUUCAUCCGCUCGACCCCGCUGAAACAGCCGAGCCUGGAGGCAAUGAACAGCCUGGGCUUGCCGGACACCGGUCAGGAAGAGCCGCUGCUGCAGAAGUACGAGAUUUACGUGUCCAAUUCGCUGCAAGUGACCACGAGUAAUAGCAUUCAGCUGGACGACGACUUCCCCAGCGUCCUCAUUCGCUUCAGCCAGCAGCAGUCCAAGUCCCUCAACAACAUUAGCGAGAUGCUCAGAGCAGGUGGAGGUGGGGGAUCCACAGGAGAUGCCGGCGGGGCGGGAGCAAGCUCAUCCUGCGCUUUGCCGGAUGAUCCGAGUCAACUUCCCACAGAGAAUGGCUCCGGCUCUCUGCAGGAGCAGCAUCGACAGCUCUACUCCUGCUCCAGCAGCAACCUCAGCCAGCUGAAGGCGGCCUCGGAGGCAGCCGGCCAUCAGGGGGCAGAGGACGAUAGACGCCUGCUCUCGGCCAGCCCCACCAACGAGAGCGACCUGAACUACCAAAACUCAGAGAUUAGCAUCCGCAGCCAUGGCCUGUACGCCCCUCAGGCGGACAACGACCUUAACCUCACCCUGACGGACGAUUUCCGCUGCUACCAGUCGUCCAAUGCAAGCGACGCCGACGUCGAUGUGCUCAACGAGUUCGAUGAUGAGUUUGUGACGGACACCGGAAACCGACCGGGCAGCGCAGAUCAGGAGUUGCACCACCUCGACCACGACCAGGACACUUCCAUCGAUGAGCUUUACGAGGCCAUCAAGUGUCGUAGUCCUCUGCGCAACAGGCAGGAUAAAGACUCAAGCGAGAGAUUCGAGCGGGACAGAGAGAUGGGUAGGGAGAUAAAAAGUCAGAGUCCGAAAGAGAGAGAGGUGCAAACGGAGCUGGAGCCAGAGCGAAUGCCAGAUGCGGAUGCGGAUGCAGAUCCAAAGGGCAACAGUGAGAUCCUAAUGAGCAGCAACAGCAAAUCGCAAGAAAAUCUCAAUGAUAAUAUCGAAGAUGACAGUAGCCAGAGUAGCGUGAUUUCGUACAUCGAUCCGAGGGCUAGCAACGAGCCUCGAGGCUAUCCUAGUUAGCUCGUGGGUAGGCCACGUACCGGUACCGUAGCCUCAGUUCAAGACCCAACCUUAAUCUUUGAGCUACUUAGCUCAUAAUCAAAUGUAUAUACAGAUGAUAUACACCGCGCCCCAAACACAGUCCAUAUUUUCUAUCCCCUGUUCCAUCUCCCGCCGUGCUUGGCCGAAAGCUUCCAAGUGCCAAUGCCAAAGUAUUCUUUUCGUCAUUAAAGUGUAAGUUUGAAACAACUGUCACCUCACCCGCAGACACACACUGAUACUACAUACAUACAUCUACACGUAUAUGUUUAUCUGGAGUACAUUCUCAUCAUCAACCCCAACCCAUCUGUAUUUGUGAGGCGCACCCCUGUUGUGAUGCCCAGCCCACAUGAACUUGUAAUUAUAGGAAAAGUCCCACCCGCCCACACACUAUUUAUUUUAACUAUUUACUUUUUAUUAUAGAUAUCUUUUCGUUUCACCUCACCAUGAGAUUACUUUAUUAUUAAAAUAGAAUAUUUUUAUUUUCCUUCCCUUCCUCAUUCGCAAUGCUUAUUCUUUAAGCCGUUGGGUAAAACAGAGUGCAUUUUAAUCUCCAUACGCUAAGUUCACAUUUACACAUAAAUAAAUUAAAUGUUCACAGUCGAAUUUCAUGCAUCUCUGGUCUU